CCACAAAUACUUGCAACUUGGGAGUUCUUUCUACCUUCUCUCUCUAUUUCUUGAUUACCAAAACUUUCUCUCUCUAGAAUUUAGGAAUUCUAAUGAGUUUCUUUUCAAAUUGAUCAAAGCCUUGAUUGGGUUUUUUUCUUGUUUUCUUGUAAAAGAUGUCAUCGGGUUUCACCGGCGCCGGCGGAGGCGAUGGUUCAGAUUUCAACGGGGCGGGAAGAUCAUUAUCCACAAGCAACAACAACAACUCAUCACAAGUUCCGUACAGGUCUCAGUUUUAUGGGAAUCAUGUUACCGAUCAGAUGAUCCAACGCCGGCCAGAUCUGACCGGAGGAAAGAGAUCUUUGGCUGAGUUUCAGGCGCAUCAACUGCAGCACCAACUUCAACAGCAGCAAGAACAAAGAAUGGGUCUUUAUUUAAGGAAUGUGAAACAGAGAAAUUUUCAGCAACCCUCUCCGAUUUCUGCGGAUUUUCCGGGUUCUAUUUCUCAACCAUCUUAUGGUCUUGGAAUGAUGACUGCUCGACAUGGGUAUCCGAUUCAUCAACAAAUCCAACCGCAAUCUGUCGGUUUUGGAUAUGGAAAUGGUGUUAUACUUCCUUCUGCUGGUAAUCCUUCAAUCCCUAUUUCUUCGUUUCAGAAUUUGGUUUCAAAUAGGGAUUCUUCUGCACAAUUAUCGGAGAAGAAGAUGAUGAAUCGUCUUCAAGAACUUGAGAAACAGCUUUUGGAUGAUGUUGAAGAGGAACAAGGUGAUUCUGUUUCUGUUAUCACGAAUAGUGAAUGGUCGGAGACAAUCGAAAACCUACUUAGUCCUUCUCCAACUCCGACACAAACUCCAACCCCAACCCAAACCCAAACCCAGAUGUUCAUUUCUCCAUCCCCGACAUCAUCCUCAUCUUCCUGCUCAUCCUCUGCCUCUCCAUCUAUUAUUUGUCCCAAACAAUCUCUAAUGGAGGCUGCAUCCGCCAUUUCCGAAGGAAAAACAGAGGUUGCAACAGAGAUCCUGACUCGUCUAAACCAGGUAGCAAAUGUAAGAGGUACAUCAGAACAAAGGCUAACGUCUUAUAUGGUGUCGGCUCUCAAAUCUCGCAUGAACCCAACUGAUUACCCACCUCCGAUCACAGAGCUUUACAGCAAAGAACACAAUUUCUCAACCCAAAUGUUAUACGAGGGUUCUCCCUGUUUCAAGCUCGGAUUCAUGGCGGCUAACCUCGCCAUCCUCGAAGCCAUAUCAGAUCAUCCAUCAGGAAAGCUUCACGUCGUCGAUUUCGACGUCGGAAAGGGCUCUCAGUUCUUGCAUUUAAUCCACUUACUCGCCGCCGCCCGGAAAAAGGGUGCCGAUAAGCCCACGUCUUUGAAAAUCACAGCCUUUGUUGAUAUCGGAUGUGACAGUGAAGAAAGGUUGAAGGUUGUUGGUGAUAUGCUAAAGGCGGAAGCAGAUAAAGUUGGAGUCUUUCUGAAUUUCAACAUAAACCAUAGAAAUACAUUUCUCACUUUAGAGAAUUUGAUCAUCGAUCCUGAAGAAGCUCUAGCUGUGAAUUUCGCUUUCCAGCUUUACAAAUUACCCGACGAAAGUGUAACAACGGAGAAUCUCCGGGACAAUUUACUCCGGCAAGUGAAAAGUCUAUCUCCGAUGGUGGUAACCAUGGUUGAACAAGAUAUGAACGUGAAUACGGCGUCGUUCACGGGUCGGGUUGCCGAGGUGUAUUCUUACUACGGGUCGCUUUUCGAUUCGCUGGAGGCUACAGUCCCGAAUCGUGAAAACCCGGAACGAGUUAGGGUAGAAGAAGGACUGGGUCGGAGGGCGGCUAACUCGGUGGCGUGUGAAGGGAAGAAUCGGACUGAGAGAUGCGAGGUUUUGGGGAAAUGGAUGGCGAGAAUGAGUAUGGCCGGGUUUAAAGGACGAGAAAUGGGUCGAGUUAUGAGUGACUCACUCCGAGUUAAGCUUGAGUCGGGUACACGUGGCAGUCCGGGUUUUACGGUGAUGGAAGAGAAAGGAAGCAUCUGCUUUGGUUGGAAAGGAAGGACACUCACCGUCGCAUCUGCUUGGCAUUAAAUAUGAACCGGACCGGUCCGGUUCGAACCGGUUCUACUUUUUUACAAUGAUAACUAUAAAUAUGAUUCUACUAAUAUUAUAAUAUUAGUAAGUAAUAGUUUUAAUAUUUAAUAUUAUUAAGUAGUUGAAGAAAUAUUCUAAUUUUUAUUUUGAUGAGUGGGGUAUUAUUAUUAUUAUUAAUGGAGAGAGAGGAAUUGUGGGGUUUGAACUUUGAAGGAAUAUUUCACCAAACAGACGAAUAAAGGGCGCGUUUGGAUAUGAUAAUAAAUUAGGCUGUGUGGUAUGUCUUUAUGUUUGUGUGUUUGGCCCCUUCUCUCUAUCUUUCUCUCAAAUCAACCAUGGGAAAAAGGGCUUUCUUCAUUUAAUAAUAUAUAUCAAUUUAUAUUAUUA